UCGGUGAACUGUGAAGUCAGUGAUGAAUAGCAACGACGCUUUCACGUUAAACUAAAUAUUUGUUUGAAUUCGUGUAUUUUUCAGUGUAAAUAAGUUCAGUGAGUUUGGAAAGUGUUCAAAACUUUGAAGAAAGUUAAAUACCAUAAGCCAUGAGUCAAAAAGUGACGCGAAAAGGGCCGAUAGCAGAAGAUAAGGAAAAGAGGCAUGCAGAUAGUCCGGUUAAGGAUAUGAAAAAGAAAAUGGCUGCAAAUGCAGAAAAAGAGAAACAGACAACGGAAAAGGAGAAAUUCGCUGAAAAAGCCGCCGCAAAUGACAAACAGAUAGAGAAAGCUUCAGAAAAGACUGACAAAACGGUAAAGAAAGAUGCAGCUGCAGAUAAAAGUGACAAAAAAGAUAAGCCCGCUGAGAAAAUCGCAGAGAAGACCCCAGAUAAAAAAGCAGACAAAGCAGAAAAGAAGGAAAAAAGCGUAGAAAAGGUAGUUGAAAAAAAAGAUAAGCCCACAGAAAAGAAAGAAGCAGUAGUAGCUCCUACGGAGAAACCUAAUGAGGAGAGCAAAGAAAACGGCAAGGCCGACACGUCGGACAGCCGCAAGAAGGACACGCCGGCGAAGGCGGCGAAACAGAACGGCGCGCGGCACAACGGCGACGCGGACGGCGCGACGGUGAGUUCGGACGACGACGACGGGCUCUACCCGGAGCUCGCGUACGAGGACUCGGACAUGGAGUGCUUCGAGCCCAACACGCCGGACGGGCCCAGCCGGAGCUACACACGGCGAUCGCAGGUGAAAGCGAGUCGCACGCCAGAAACUCCACGACCGGCGUCCGAGAAGCAAGCGGACAAGGACUAUGUGCCUGAUGAUUCGAAAGAGUCGAAACUGCUCAAGCUGAAAGACGACGCGCCGUCCGAUCGCAAGUUACGCUCGUCCGAUUCGCCGAAACCGCAAGACAAGAGAGAGAAGGCAGAUGGCGUUAAACCGAGAGAGAAAGAGACGGAAGAUGGUAACGAUACCAAGGCGGAGGAGAAAUUGGACGUCGAAGUCACCAUUGAGGUGGAAACUGAAGACGCAGAGGCCCGCAAGCCGGACACCAACUACAGCAAGUCGCGCGUCAAAGUGUCGCCCUACAGACGCUCGCGAGUGCACGCGGAUAACACGCAGACAUCCAUCGUGGCUAACUAUACGGGCAACAACACAACAAUGGAGAUGGACUUGACAGAAACGUCGAUAGUAUCCGAAGAGCCCUCCUCAGUUGAGAGUCCCUACCUCAGUGGGCUACGCAGCAUCCGCGGAAGAAGAUCUUACAAGCAUCUCGGCGAGUUCUCGAGACGCACACCGUUAGACUCGAGCCUGAGAUAUAACACUAGUGUUAAUACGAGCGCUAUGAGUGCGAAUGAGCAAUCGUCCCGUCCCACGGGCACAGUAGUAGGCCGCAAGCGCAAGCCGGAGCCCGAGGGCCCCACCUCCGGGCCCGAAGACCCCACAGGGCCCGGGGCCCGCGGGGACUGCACACACAUGGACGCGGAGGGCCGCAGCAAGAGGGCGCGACUGUUGGACCGGCUCGGGGGACUCGCCAGACCCUUCCGGUUCAGCGCCGAGCGGGUUUGUGUGGAGACUACCGCUGAGAUAGUGGGCAUAAACACAGAUCUGCCGCUAACCGCUCCCGUCGCAACGGCUGAUCCGGAAGCGAUAAAACAAGUCACUACAACACCCAUACAUACACGCCUCACGCAACAGCCGAGGGACAAACGGUGUUCUAUUAUGUAACGACAAUGUAACGAAGGUAAGCGGAGGAAUAUAUUUGCCUUAUAUUCGUAGUGUCACAAUGUGUCGAAUAUGUGAAUUGUUGUGAGCAAUAGUGAGGAAUUGUUGUUUUUAACGGAUUUAAAUCGAGUUUUAUUGCAAACACUUGUGUGAAAAUGUCAUUACAUGAGCAAAGUUCUAUAAACUUCCAUUAUUAGAAAAUUUAAUAGGAACUUUUCUAAAUAGAAAGAUUGAACUCUUUUGCGUCUCGCGCUCUGACUUAACAAACAACUAAGCGAUAGAAAGAGACAAAAAUAUAUUAACAGUUGUCACAAAAACAUAGUUUUAAUUAUGAUAAUGAAUAAAACUUUUAUAAAAGAGUUUUAUAAAGCGACUUUUUUGUUUCCAUGUAUUUUUUUAAACAAGAAGAAUUUCAUUAAUUUAUAUGAAAAAUUUGCAUAGUAAAUCUCGAUUUAAAUCCGUCAUUUAUGAAUCGUGUAAAAUAUUUUGAUCAUAAUAUUAUGUAUUUUCAAUCAAAAAUGUAUUUACAAUUUUUGCCCCCGUUUUCAAAAGGGGAUAACUUUAAUGAUUUGUGUAUUGUCAUCUUUAUUGUGAAAAUUAUGUAUUUUUAAAUGUAACGGUUAGAUGCAUUAAUAAACGCGAAAAAAAGCAAUUCAAAGGAUACGAUAAAUCGUCGUAUUCUUAAAAUUAAAACCAUAAUAGUGCAUUUAACUGCUUGACAUUGAAAACUGUGCUUUAUUUCGUGUGAAUAAGAUAUAUAAUGCGUAAUUGUGUGUUAUCCAGAUUAUGGAAUACAUAUGAACAAUAUUUAUAUAUCGGAUUGUUAAAAUGAUUAUAAAAA